AGCGAGGCUCGUCUUUAUCAGUGAGACAGCGCCGCUGCUCGAGCGCUAUAGUGACCGUCAGCCGCGCGCUCUGUUUGUACACACAAUCACCGUUUGAUCGGGACCCGCGCGGAGUCUCUCCGUUAUCUCACAUCGCACCACUGCAGCAGAAGGGCAAGAGAAACUCCUCCAGAGGAUCACUUAUUUAUAUCUCCGCUGACCUUUCUGGAAGAAAAAAACGGACUUAACUGACACCUGUCUUAGGAGAUACCUACUCGAACAGCUUGGCGUGUAACUUAGCGGGAAAAAGAAGUUUCCUGUCGGUAUCGUUGCACGUUUCUAACCUUGGAACUCGUAACGCUACCUGCUCUUGGUGAGAAUGGGACCGUUCCUCGUCUCCAUCGCCCUUUGCGUACAGCUCGCUGUCCCGCAUCUCGUCCAAGCAGCACAUGGUGAGGAUCCAACUUCAGCAGGACCGUGCCAUCCAAAUCCCUGUCACAAUGGAGGCACCUGUGAAAUCAGUGAAACAUACAGGGGGGACACAUUUAUUGGAUAUGUCUGCAAGUGCCCACCAGGCUUCAAUGGAAUCCACUGCCAACACAAUGUUAAUGAAUGCGAAAGGCACCCUUGUAAAAAUGGGGGUUCUUGCACAGAUCUGGUUGCAAACUAUUCCUGUGAAUGCCCAGGAGAAUAUAUGGGAAGAAACUGUCAGUACAAAUGUUCUGGGCCACUGGGCAUGGAAGGUGGAAUAAUCUCCAACCAGCAGAUUACAGCCUCCUCCACUCACCGAGCUCUCUUCGGACUCCAGAAAUGGUAUCCUUAUUUUGCCCGGCUGAAUAAGAAAGGUCUGGUGAAUGCCUGGACUGCAGCCGAGAAUGACAGAUGGCCCUGGAUUCAGAUUAAUCUCCAGAGAAGGAUGCGGGUGACAGGAGUGAUAACCCAGGGAGCCAAGCGCAUCGGGAGCCCUGAAUAUGUUAAGUCGUACAAAGUGGCCUACAGCAAUGACGGAAAGACGUGGAGGACGUACAAAGUCAAGGGCACGGACGAAGAUAUAAUUUUCCGUGGAAAUAUUGAUAACAACACCCCAUUUGCCAACUCCUUCACCCCUCCAAUCGAAGCUCAGUAUGUGAGGAUCUACCCUCAGGUGUGCAGGAGACACUGCACUCUUCGUAUGGAGCUCCUGGGUUGUGAGCUCACAGGGUGUUCUGAGCCAAUGGGGAUGAAGUCUGGCCACAUUCAGGACUACCAAAUAACAGCUUCCAGCAUCUUCAGAACCCUUAACAUGGACAUGUUCACCUGGGAGCCUGGUAAAGCAAGACUGGAUAAGCAAGGAAAGGUCAAUGCCUGGACGUCUGGACACAGCGAUCAGUCUCAGUGGCUGCAGGUUGAUAUGCUUCGGCCAACUAAAAUCACAGGCGUCAUUACCCAGGGGGCUAAAGACUUUGGACAUGUUCAGUUUGUUGGAUCCUAUAAGGUGGCCUACAGCAAUGAUGGCGAGAGAUGGCUUAUAUAUCAGGAUGAAAAACAGAAGAAGGACAAGGUCUUUCAAGGAAAUUUUGAUAAUGACACCCACAGGAAAAAUGUUAUAGAUCCUCCCAUCUAUGCUAGAUUCAUCCGAAUCCUUCCGUGGUCAUGGUACGGAAGAAUCACUUUGCGUGCAGAGUUACUGGGAUGCACAGAAGAAGAGUGAAGACCCCUGUUAAAUUUUUCCUUUGUUCCAUAUUCAAUAUAAACUGAGCUUAAACAUGUACAUUUUAAAUGGGUUUCAGUAGAUUUUUUUAUUUUGUAAUAUUUGUUUUUUUUUUGUGUGUGUGUUUUGUUUCUUUUUUAGUCUGUGGGUUUUGAAUUAAUUACAUUAAUAUUUUCCCUUCCUUGCUUUUUUGUCAUUUUUGUGCAAUUUAUUGAACUUAUUUUUUUCUACUUUUUUAUUGUUGAUGAGCUAAAUGAAUAGUUGGGGUUAUUUCACUGUGGUUUAAGCAGUGGAACAAUAGCCACUGUACAGUGUCACUUUAAAUAUGACAUGCAAAGCUUCUUGGACCAUAAUUGAUCAACAAAUCACAACACAUUCAUAAAAGACUAACAUCAAUAUGUAAAAUAUGUUUCUACUUUUAUUUUAACAGCAGGCCUGGCAGUUAAAUCACAGCCACAUGACUGGCAUUCUUAUGUAGACAAAAAUAUGAUGGUAUUGUAUUAUAUGUAAGACGCAAAAUAAGUGCAUGACGCAUACAUGGUAGUAUAAGACAGCAGGAUGUAUGUUCCGUUUUUCUUUUCUUCAAAUAAAGCAUUUUGUCAAUCA